AAACAAGUGCUUUGCCUGACAACGGGGACGCAGUUCCGUUCAUCUUAAAUUUUGUCUUGUAAUUUGUUGGGAUUCACAAAUGAAAUGGCGUAGACAUGAGAAGUCAAGAUAAUGAGAUAGACAUCUAUAAAAUCUUGAAGUAAAUAGGAAUGUUCCGCCCCAUAAAAGUGUCGUAUGAAUUUGUACCAACAACUACGAAUGACACAAUUUUUAUUGUAAAAAAGAUGAAGCCGGAGCGUGACCCAUUCCUGUGCACAUGUGGGCCAUGUAAGAAGUUCUGGCGCGACACGUUCAGUGACAGUGGUGACCUGCUACGGGAGUCGUCACAAUGUCGCGCCCACCACACCGCCAUCCUCUCCGCGGAGAGCAAAGUGGUGAAGAUAGGAGAUCGCAUCCUUGUCCAGAGCAGAUUUCCAGUUGAUUUAUAUGGAAGAAAAGGCACAGUGAAGUGGGUGGGGGUGCUUGACGAGGAUUCCAUCGCCCCAGAGCUCUAUGUUGGUGUCCGACUUGACGAUAAUGUCAACUCCACCCACAAUGGUGUGUACAAUGGUAAGCGGUAUUUCCACGUACCACGAGGUCAUGGUGCCAUGGUCAAGUACAUGGAGGUGGUGCCCCUCAAGUUCCCGGAGAAACGUCCACCCAUGCAAGGAAACUACAUGUUUCCCAGCUGGGAUGAAGUGCAAAAGAGACGAAAGGAGAGAAAUUCAAAACUCCAGAAUAUCUACUCACAGGCUGGUAUGCAGGGCCCCCAGUUUGUAGAGCCAUAUGCCUCUCCACCAAAAACUGCAGCCACAAGUGUGCGGGCAUCGCCAGUCAAGUCUUUACGAGAGCCAAUCAUCCACAUUGGGGACCCGAAUGACAUUGCAUUGCGGGACAUGCAGCGUCUGAGCCAGAUGGACACGAAGCGGAAGGUUCGCAAGGAGGACAAGGACAAGAAAGAGAUGGAGCGAUUCAAGCAGCAUUUCGGCGGUGUCCCGGAGGCUGAUCGGCUAGCACUCACUUUGAAGAAACUCAAACUUGCAUACCAGGAGGGGAAGACCUUGAUGCAGAGAAAAACUGUGAAGGAUUAUGAUGCAGGGUCGGAUUCAGGAAUCAGUGAUUUCCAAUGAUGUGAUACAAUGAUUGUUGAUGUGAUCUGUGAAGCAUUUUUCAUUAUUGUUCAUUAAGCAACAUUUAGAUCUGAUACAUUUAACCUUAUAUUUGAGAUUAUUUCUACACAUUUCAUAUAACAAGGCUUUAUUUUUGGUUGCAUAUGAAGACUUUCUUUGUAAAUAUAUGAUUGCAAGCAUAGUUGAAUUAAAAUUCCUUGAAAAUAUACAGGGAGGACUAGUAAAAAUACAUACUAGUUGUUUCACAGGUGAUAAAAGUAUUCAAAGAAAAUAUUGUAGUUCUAUAUGAUGCCAUAAAUCAAAAUCAAGUUCAACUUUUGUAGAAAAAAAACUUCCCUUCAAACUUGAAAUAGAAAAAUACUGUAAUGUAUAUUAUUGAUUAUUAGUUUAUAUUCAUGUUUUUAAAACAUCAGCAUUAAUAAAUUAACAGUAUUAAGAGAGCAUAUCUUAGAAGUAAAUGGUUUAUUUGUGCUUACCUCAUAGCUUCACUGUGAUCCAUAUAUAUAUAUAUAUUGAUUAAUACUGAUGAAGCAUUUAUUCACUUACAUCGGCAACAAGAAAAUACAUAAUUGUUAUUUCAAAUACAUGUGUGUUAUAUGUAAAGUAUUUCCUGAGGGUAAACAUUGAUUUUAUGAGGUUUUUGCUGUCAUGUUCAUAGCGUAGUUUCUUAAAUAGAUACAUUCAUUAAUCAUUGUAUUUGAUUUACUAUGUUUUCUCCGUAUUAUUUUAUUUUCUUUGUUACUCGAAAACUAAUAAUUGUGUUACAAAAAUAAGAAAGAGCAAAAAAUGAUAAUAAUCACCACAGUCUUCCAUCUAGAGUUAUAUAUUAUUGUUGUAAAAUAUUGUCUCAACUAUACUCGACUUUGUUGUCAUUAUCAGCUGCAGUAAGACAAUUUAUUGUGAACUAAAUUGGAACUACAAUUUUUGGGCUGUUUCUCUGUUUUUCAACCUUUUUUUCCAAGGCUGAUUUUUUAUAAACCAAAAUAGUUGAGGCAGUGAGUUUAUGAUAGGGUAUACAAAGUAGAUUUAUAUCAUAUAUGUGAUAUAAUGUGGUGAUAAUAAAUUUGAAUAAUUUCUCAAUGAAAAAAAGGAAAUCACAACAUGUGAACAAAAUAAUUGCUUUAAGUAUGUGAAUAUGUGAACAAGAGAAUGUGUAUCUCUCUGUGGUAUUAUUGCCAUUCUUUUUUUUAUAUAGAAAUUAUGCUCCAGAUUGCAUAGAAAAUGACUAUUUGUUGGAAUUUGUCUGUUGAUUUUUAUAUUUGUUUUUGCAAGCCGUAGCUAUGUAGGUUGUGUGCUUUUUUAUGUUAUUUUGUAUUUUUAUCAUUUGUUUUUCAAUCUUUAAUUUGACCUUAACAUCACAUGCUCACUGUUGUUAAGUUUCUUAUUCACUUGUUGAAAACUUAGGGUAGAAGUUUGAGUUCUGAGUUCCUUAUAAACUAUAGACGGAUGCAUCCUAUUACAUAACAGCUACUUCUAAUGAAAAAAUAAUUCACACAUUCUGUUUUUCAUAUAUGUACCCUUUAUAUAACGGAAUUAAGAAAUAACUCACUACUUAUAAUGCCAUACAUCUUAAAAGCCUUCGAUAGAGAGUGCAAGAAAAAAAAUAAUUCCGAACUUUAACUAGAAACAAUGCAAUGUUCAGUAAGAUUUGUGGUACAUUACUGAUUAUGGCCAAACAUCUGUGAUAAACGUUGUAUAUAUGCAAUGAGAUAAAACUUAUAUAACAGAA